CUCUCUCUCCCCUUCCCUUCAUUUUCUUCUUCUUCUUCUUCUUGCCUCGCUCACACUCACCAAUCAAAUUAACCAACUCCCCCAUCUCCUCUCCUCUCUCUCCUAAUCUGUAUAUCUUUCAGCUGGCUCUCUCUAUAUCAUCAUCCCACUUUCUGCCCGGGGUUUCCGAGGAACAAUCCAAACCGUCUCUUCAACUGAUCAUCAAGCCGCGGCCUGCUCUGCUCUCUUACGACAAAUAAACCAUAUAUCUGCCUGCAGGAAGGAAGUAAGGAAGGACAGACGGCGGCGGCCCGUCAGUACCAGAAUAGAGGCCCAAACCAAAUGGAACGCAAGUUCAACAGCAUCAGCUCACUAAUGAUGAGCAGCAGCGAGCUGGUAGAAGAAAACGACCACUCCACGGAAUUAAGUGGGCCUGACUCCCCUCCUUCCGCUUCCAAUAUCAAGAUGGCCUCCACUUCUUCCACUACCACUUCUACUUCUUCCCCUAAACGCACCAGUGGUAAGCGCGGGGCGCAUAAGCGAGUGGUGUCGAUCCCAAUCAAGGACGUGGAAGGUUCGAAGCUCAAGGGGGAGACCGCUCCCCCGCCGGCCGACUCCUGGGCCUGGCGAAAAUACGGCCAGAAGCCCAUCAAGGGCUCCCCUUACCCCAGAGGGUACUACAGGUGUAGCAGUUCGAAGGGCUGCCCAGCGAGGAAACAAGUGGAGAGGAGCCGUGUGGACCCCACCAUGCUAGUGGUCACCUACUCCUGCGAGCACAACCACCCUUGGCCGCCUCCUUCCAGAACCAAUCACCACCACCACCACCACGCCGCUAAAUCCGCCUCCGCCGCAGUUGCCACGCCGGAGACUCCACCCGCCAACCCGGAGUCGCCGGAGGAGGAGGCGGCCACGACGAGGUUCACGAGUUUCGGAGACGAGCCGAUGCUGUCCGCGGCGGAUCACGGCGAGUUCUCGUGGUUUGGGGAGAUGGAGACGUCGUCGUCAGCGAUUCUGGAUAGCCCGAUAUUCUCGGGGAGGGGAGGACAGCUGGCGGAUGACGUGGGCGGGGAUUUGUUUCUGCCGAUGAGGGAGGAGGACGAGUCGUUGUUCGCCGAUCUGGGGGAGUUGCCGGAGUGCACGGCGGUGUUCAGGCACCACCGUGGAUUGGGGAUGGAGGUCCAGAUCUGCUGAUCGUAAUCACUGACGUGGUGACGGCCACUUUUUUUUUUUUUUAAUUUUCAAUUUUUAUUUUGUUUGAUUGGAUCGUCGUCAUCAAUCGCGAGGGGAAGGUGGGGAGGGAGGAUUAUUAAAAAAAUAUUCAAAGGUGUGCGUAUCGUGCGCCAUAAGAAAAGAGAAAAAAAAAGCUUAAAAUAUAAUAAUAUAAAAAUAGUAUUUUUCUUUUGAGGGACGGGCGUACAAUUAUUAAUUAUCAUUUUUUCGUAUUUUUGUAAUUUCGUAUUCUCUUCUUUUUUUUCUUUUUUCGUUUUUAUUUGAGCAAUUUUCAUAUUUUGCCUUGAUUUCAGUGUAAUUGUAGUAGAGAACUGAAUAAAAACGACGGAAGAAAAGAAAAGAGCCCACUUAUC